CCCCCUCCAUUCAUACCAAGCCCUUCGGGUCUGGUAUGGGUUUUGAGGGGAAUAUUUUUAAAAAAUGGCAUGGGGUCCCCCCAAGAUCCAUAACAGACCCUUAUCCAAGCAUGCAGCCAGGCAAGUCAGGAAAGGGGGGGUGAGCAAGCUUGAGCACCCCCCCCUUAACAAUACAAGGCCACAUGCCCUCAAGAUGGGGGGGUGCUUUGGGGUAGGGGGAGCUCCCCCAAAGCACCUUGUCCCCAUGUUGAUGGGGACAAGGGCCUCUUCCCCACAACCCUGAGCUGUGGUUGUGGGGGUCUGCGGGCAGGGGGCUUAUCAGAAUCUGGAAGCCCCCUUUA